GCUGUGAGUAGAAAAGCUAGGCCCCGAGCCGGGCGGGACUAGGGUGGUGGUUGUGUUCUGCCCUCGCCCGUCGCCAACGCUGGGCUGACUGAAAACCUGGCCCUUUGGGUCGCGCGUCUUCGACCUUCACCGCCAUGCGGACAUGGGGCUGUGGGAGAAACUCUGGGCGGGAUUACGGUGAAAAUUCUUGUUUGGGCGGGCCCAGCUGCUUCUUUCUUCCGGCUCGCCUUCGGCCCCGCCCCCCUCCCCGCCCCCGCUCCGGCUCCAGCUCCAGCCGGGUCCUCGCUCGGCCGCGCACGCAGCCCGCGGUAGACGGAGGGCUUGGGCACCCACCGUCUCCAUCCCGGCCCCAGCCCAGUCGAGCAUCCACUAGAAGGGCGCUCCCUGUCCGGCCCUAGCCCUCGCUCCUCACGGAGGCUCUUUGUCACAGCGAAGACUGACAGCCCGCAGUCUUCUGGACUUCUUUUAUGGGGUUCCUGGCGGUGCUAUUCAUUCAGUCAUUGAUUGGUCUUGUAAAUAUCGAGCGCCUGCUCUGUACUGGACCCGGCACUGGGUACCGGAAGAACCAGACAGCUCGGUUUUUGCCACCAUUUAUAAGUCUGUGUCCUUUUCUUGAGUACUGAACCGAGAUACAGUUUUAAAUGUGCUGUGCGGUCUCUGAGCAGCGACUCACCUGUGCAGGUCACUUCACCUGAUUCCCUUUAUGUAAAAAUGAGGGCGAUGGGCUGUGUAAUCUCUAAAGGACCUUCUAACUCUUUAAAAUUAUCACCGUGCCAGUGUUGCUAACACUCAUUCUGUAUGCUUGAUGGCAGUUUUUAAUUUUUAGGGUUAGGACAGCUGAACAUAACAAAUAGAAUUAUACAGAUUUAUUACCAGAAGGACUUCGUGUGCCUCUAAAAAUCUUGGUUCCAGUCUUUGGUCACGUAGCUCCAGGAAAUCACUUCACCUCUUUGCCUCAGACCCUCCUCAGUGAACUAGGAAUGAUAGCAGUGUCUCCCUAGUCUUAGGGCCGUCGAGCAGAUUACACGAGAUAAGGUCAGCAGGUGUUUAGCACAGUGAAGCAUUUGCUACGUGAUGACAUUUAUUAUGGUUAAAGGGUUUUACCACCAGAACAGUGGUACAUAGUUUGCUUUAUUUGUUAAAACAAUGUAGAAUAUUGCCUGCUUGUUCCAUCACAGAUGAAAAAAAGAGAUGGUUAUUCAACUUUGCGAGUCUGUCAUUUUGAUGCUGGAAAUAUAGAUGGGGAAUAGAGGAGCUAGCUUCAGCAAAUUCAUAGCUACAGCGCCUGAAUGGACACUAGAUGGCAGUACGACAGACAGACUCCAAUUGAGGUUUCAACAGUGGAACUUAACGUUCUAGCCGGAAGGAGCCUUAGACACCAUCCAGUCCAACCCCUCAUUUUUUUGCAGCAAACAAAUAAAAAACCCCAAGAACAAGAAACAGGAGUGACUUGCUCAGUAAUUGUUGAGUGGCAAAUCAAAUGAUGCUGUUUGGAAAAAUUUCCCAGCAGUUGUGUGGCGUAAAGAAACUCCCAUGGUCAUGUGACUCCAGAUACUUCUGGGGCUGGUUGAAUGCAGUGUUUAAUAAGGUGGAUUAUGAUCGCAUCAGGGAUGUUGGCCCUGACAGGGCGGCAUCCGAGUGGUUGCUGCGCUGCGGGGCCAUGGUGCGCUACCAUGGCCAGGAGAGGUGGCAGAAGGACUACAACCACCUUCCAACAGGCCCUCUGGACAAAUACAAGAUUCAGGCGAUCGACGCCACCGACUCUUGUAUCAUGAGCAUUGGAUUUGAUCACAUGGAGGGCCUAGAGCAUGUUGAAAAAAUAAGGCUGUGCAAGUGUCAUUAUAUCGAGGAUGACUGUUUGCUGAGACUUAGUCAACUUGAAAAUUUACAAAAAACCAUAUUGGAAAUGGAAAUAAUAUCCUGUGGGAAUAUCACAGACAAAGGCAUCAUUGCUUUGCGUCAUUUAAGAAACCUCAAAUAUUUGUUGUUAAGUGAUCUUCCUGGAGUAAGAGAAAAAGAAAAUCUUGUCCAAGCCUUUAAGACAGCACUGCCUUCUCUGGAACUAAAAUUACAAUUGAAGUAAAAUAAUGUGUCUUAUUUCAGUAUAAAGGAUCAUUUGAAACUGUU